UGUCUUCGGUGGCCUUCAGAGCAGGCAGGACAAUGAUGGCGGCCUUCGGUGUAGCUCGUAGCAGCUGCGGGCUGAUAAACAGCUUCAGGGGCUCAUUCAGACUUUUAGCGCAAGUAAAAUGCGGCGCAACACCUGCGUCAGGGCCGCAGAGUCACGUCCCGCGGGCCUGUCGCUGGUACUCGGUCAGCCACCUGUCCGUUAAGGAGAGAAUUGAGAAGAAACGGAAGGCGGCGCUCAUCGGGGGAGGUCAGAAGAGAGUAGAUGCACAACAUAAAAAGGGUAAACUGACAGCCAGGGAGAGGGUGGCGCUCCUGCUGGAUCCUGAGUCCUUCGUGGAGACUGACAUGUUCGUGGAGCACCGAUGCUCUGACUUUGGCAUGGAGCAGGACACUAACAAGUUUCCCGGAGACAGCGUGGUGACAGGCCGUGGCAGGAUUAACGGCAGGCUGGUUUAUGUGUUUAGUCAGGACUUCACUGUCUUUGGUGGAAGCUUGUCUGGAGCUCAUGCACAGAAGAUCUGUAAGAUAAUGGACCAGGCCAUGACGGUCGGCGCUCCUGUCAUCGGGCUGAAUGACUCCGGAGGAGCCAGGAUCCAGGAGGGAGUGGAGUCCCUGGCUGGUUAUGCCGAUAUUUUCCUGAGGAACGUCCUUGCUUCAGGGGUCGUCCCUCAGAUCUCCCUCAUCAUGGGCCCCUGUGCAGGGGGGGCUGUCUACUCCCCCGCACUGACAGACUUCACCUUCAUGGUUAAGGACACGUCGUACCUGUUUAUCACAGGUCCGGAUGUGGUCAAGUCUGUCACCAACGAGGAUGUGACCCAAGAGGAGCUCGGAGGAGCCAAAACUCACACCAGCGUGUCCGGGGUGGCACACCGCGCUUUUGAGAACGACGUGGAGGCGCUGCUAAACCUAAGGGAGUUUUUCAACUUCCUGCCGCUGAGCAACCAGGACGCGCCCCCCAUCAGGGAGUGCCACGACCCCAGUGAUCGAUUGGUGAAGGCGUUGGACACCAUUGUCCCGUUUGAGUCAACAAAAGCCUACGACAUGCUGGAGAUCAUCCAUGCAAUAGUGGACGAACGGGACUUUUUCGAGAUCAUGCCCAGUUACGCCAAAAACAUCGUCGUGGGCUUUGCCAGGAUGAACGGGCGCACUGUGGGCAUUGUGGGUAAUCAGCCCAAAGUGGCUUCAGGCUGCUUGGACAUCAACUCCUCGGUGAAGGGAGCUCGCUUCGUCCGCUUUUGUGACGCCUUCAACAUUCCCAUCAUCACCUUUGUGGACGUGCCGGGUUUCCUGCCAGGUACGGCUCAGGAGUACGGAGGCAUCAUCAGACAUGGAGCCAAACUGCUGUUUGCAUUUGCCGAAGCGACUGUACCAAAAAUAACCAUCAUCACCAGAAAGGCUUAUGGGGGAGCGUACGAUGUGAUGAGCUCCAAACACCUAAGAGGGGACGUCAACUACGCCUGGCCCACGGCUGAGGUUGCUGUCAUGGGUGCUAAGGGGGCCGUUCAAAUCAUCUUCAGAGGAAAGGAGAAUCAGGCGGAAGCAGAGGCGGAAUACGUGGAAAAGUUUGCCAACCCUUUCCCAGCUGCUGUCAGAGGUUUUGUGGACGACAUCAUCGAGCCGUCAUCGACACGCAAGAAGAUCUGCAGCGAUCUGGAGGUGCUGGCCAGCAAGAAGCAGGUCAACCCCUGGAAGAAGCACGCCAACAUUCCUCUGUGAAGAACGCCUUCUGCUCUGUAGCGCCACCUACAGGCAGCUCAAAAUCUGCAGUACUGUUUGUCACUCCACUAAAAGCAUCAAAUCCUCUUCUAUAGUCACGUAUGAGACUGCAGGUUUUGGAAACAGUGACCUAAAAUCAGGACAUUUACUUUUUACAAAACUCGGCAACAUCUUUUUUUUACCAUCUGUAGAGGGAAAACCCCUCUAAAUCCCAGUAGGAGUACAGUACAUAUUGAUUUACUUUAGUAGAAUUUAAAGUGAUAUACUGUAACCUCUUCAGUGUUUGUAAUGGACCCCAUCUGUCCCACUCUGCUGCUGUGCCUUCUCUUAUUUGGAAAAGCAGACUCUGUUCAUUCAUCCAUUUGUACAUUUUCUGUGCAUCAUUUGUGAAGCAAAUUUAGUCUUCCACGGAUUUGGUUUGAAUAAAAUACGGCUUGGAUUAACAA